UGGUGGGUUCCUCUGCGUGAUCUGUUGUGUUUUUUGUUAAGGAGAUUUGCGUUCCUAUGAGCACUAUCCACGCAAAUGACGCUGAGCAUCGCGCCUCGUAUAAGCAAAUCUAUCACGACUGUCCAAAAUCAACGCGUCGGUGUGCGUGGAUUCAUGCAGUGUUGCUAGACCGUGGACACGCGUGGAUGUAUUGCCAUGCUGACGCUGGUGCAAGGAUCUUCCGAACAAUCAGUUAUUUCACUUCUUGCCCUGACAUGUUGAGGAGCAAGAGGGGAGGAGAAAAAGGACCAGAAAAACCGGUAUGCAGCUGGGAUCCGGAGCGAGCAUGCGAAAAAAGGAGUACAUUUCAGUCUGUCGAGCAGAACCAUAAGAACUGUUAGGAGGAAGAAAAAAGCGACAAAGCCACGGAGAGUAUUAAUUACAGAAAUACAUCGUAGGUGAAACCGAAGACAUGGAGAAUACAUAAAGACAGAAGAUAGAGUCUUUGUCAAAGCCUUCUAGCGAACGACGUGACUAAUGAUAUUGCAAAAUAUAAACACACCUGCAGCCAACAGUCAUCUGAGGACACAAUCUUGAAAACUUCAAUACCGAACAUUUGCAGGCAGCACAACGCACCCCUCUGGUCAUUUUAACUACAGCGAAAGCAUUGGAUGAUAAAACAGAUCCCAGAGAGUGUCUACUUCUCUUCUGUGUAGGACUAUGGAAGACGGAACACCCUCAUGGUCCAUCCCUGUUUGUCUCCAGAGGGCCAGAUGAGGCGUACGCUACCAAGCUUGUUGCGGGGCCGGUGGUUCCACUGCCGUGAAUGGGCCCUUGAGAAGAUACAGAGAUGUCUAGAGGCACGGGAUGCCUCCAAAGCAGCAGAUGGAGCAGUCCGUUCCCCUCCAGGUGUCCUGGUGACUGGAGGCCCUGGCACGGGAAAAACAGCCCUCUGCACCGAAUUGGUUUGGCCCCAGUCGGAAACAUGCAGGGCGUCAGGGUUGGCAUCACGCUGUCUGGCUUGGCACUAUUGCCAGCGGGAGGAUGCAGACAGCACAGAGGUGUGGAGAUUUGUUCUGGAGCUUGUUGAACAGCUGAAGGAGAGCCCGCUUUUGGGAGCAGACUAUGUGAAAGUGAUAAGCAGUCCUGCCAUUGCUGUUGUCCUGGAGCCUCUUCAUUGCCAAAGAGCACCUGAUGACACUUUUAAAAGGGCAAUAUUAGAGCCCCUCUCGUCUUUGACACCCCCAGCUCGCAGUGUGUUUAUAGUGGUGGAUUCCCUUGACUCGGGAUGUUGUGGAGGAGAUGGGGUUGGACAGGGGUUGAUUUCGGGAUCUGCGGCCACUCCUAGUUCUUCUGUUGCAGAGCUCCUUUUCAAACACGUACAGCUUCUGCCCCCCUGGAUCUUUCUGGUCUGCUCUGCACGCCGUCAAAACAAAGGCAUUUGCAAAACAUUCUCAGGUUUUCGGCGGUUGUGUCUGGAUGACUUAAGAAAGCCUGCAACUGUACGAGAUGUACAGCAAUAUAUCCUGCGAAGACUUGACAAGGACGGGGCUUUGAGAAGACAGCUUACACCGGAGACAGCUGAAAUGCUUAAUCUUUUGCACAUCAAAAGUGGUGGCUGCUUCUUGUUUCUUGAACGGGUACUAGAUGGUGUUGGUCAUGGACUUGUAGGACUUAGAGAAAUCAGAGACAUUCCUGGCACUCUGAAUGGCCUUUACCUCUGGCUCUGUCAACGACUAUUUCCCCGAAGGCUGUUUGUUCACAUUAGGCCUUUGCUGAAUAUACUUUUGGCAUCUCCAAAACCUCUAACAGCUGAGCAGCUCUACACUGUUGCCAAAAGCCGUGAUUUCUACCUUGGCCUUGGAGACUUCCAAUCACAAAUGCGGACUUUGGCAUCUCUGUUUGUAGAUGGCCCUGAGGGCAGUAAACUGCUCUUUCACAGCAGCUUUGCAGAAUGGUUAACUGAUGUUAAAUACUGCACCAAAAAGUUUUUGUGUUGUGUGAAGGAUGGCCACCUUUCUUUGGCCAUGUCACUCUCUUUUAGAACCAAUUGUUUGGGUACAGAGGAGACUUGCCAGCUGGCGCAUCACCUCCUUAACUGUGGAAUUCAUGAAGGGGAACCGACCAUGCUGGCACUGUGGUUGCUAUGGACUGGGGUUCCAACUUUUAGCCGUGUCAGAAAGGAAUGUUCUGCUAAUGUGCCUUCGCUGCCUCCUGAAACACCAGUGUUAGUCCAGCAAGAUGUACUACAACUUUUGAUGAAAAGUGGAAUCUACCCUGCCACCUGUUCACUAGACAAUAGCUCAAGUGUUGGGGUACACUGCCUUGGUGGAGGAGGCAAGAUUGUAAGGCGGGCAUUGCAUAGGGAAGACUCCGUGAGAGCACUUCUUGAUAGUGGAAUUAAUGUGAACCAUACAGAUCCAGAGGGAAGGACUUUAUUGGCAGCUGCAGCUCAUGCUGGACUUGCAGAUGUGGCUGCGUUGCUAUUACGCCGUGGGGCAGACCCAUCACUGAAUGACAACCAGGGGCAAACGGCACUGACUCUCGCUGCCAGACAAGGGCACGUGGGAGUAUUGCAGGUGUUCCUGUGCUGGGUGCAGGAGCAAGGAAGCAAAAGUCCCGCUGCAAGAGCAUUACUGGAACAUGCAGACAAUGAGGGAUGGACUGCGCUGCGAUCUGCUGCGUGGGGUGGCUACAAGGAAGCCGUGAGUUUACUUCUGGAAGCAGGGGCGGAAAUUGAUGGCUGCGAUUCAGAUGGCCGCACAGCCUUGCGAGCAGCGGGUUGGGGAGGACAUGAGGAAAUCCUAUUGACUCUUCUCGAUCACUGUGCUGAGGUAGACUGCGUGGACCGUGAAGGUCGUACUCCUCUGAUUGCCGCAGCCUACAUGGGUCACAAAGAAGCGGUAGAGAUCUUGCUGAAUGCCGGUGCUAAUGUAAAUCUUUCAGACGGAGAAGGACGCACAGCUCUCUCUGUGGCUGCACUUUGUGUGCCAUCAGCAACCGGAGGACGAGGACAUGGAGAGGUUGUAAGCCUACUGCUGGAACGAGGUUCUGAUCCAGAACACAAGGACAGUGAUGGAAUGACCCCGUUAUUACUGGCAUCAUAUGAAGGGCAUGAGGAAGUGGUAGAGCUCCUUCUUGAAGCUGGGGCUGACGUGGACGAAAGCUCUGGAUAUCAUCCCUCUGCCAUAACCCCUCUUCUUGCAGCUGCGGCAAUGGGGCAUGCUGGCACGGUUAACCGUAUGCUGUUCUGGGGGGCAGCAGUGGAUGGCAUUGAUGGAGAAGGCCGCACUGCUCUCUGCUUAGCUGCAGCAAAGGGUAGCGUUGAAGUUGUAAGAACGUUGCUGGACCGGGGUUUGGAUGAGAAUCACAAAGACGACUUGGGAUGGACACCGUUGCAUGCCGCAGCUUGUGAGGGCCACAAAAGUGUAUGUUCAAUACUGACAGAACAAGGCAGCAUGGCACGUGUUGGUGAGCUUGAUGUAGAAGGUAGGAGCCCUCUAAUUCUGGCAGCACAAGAGGGGCACUGCAGCACAGUCAGACUCUUACUGGACCGCCGGUCACCUAUUGAUCACCGUGCAUAUGAUGGACACUCGGCACUCACCGCGUCAGCUUUGCAGGGGCACAGAGACAUUGUAGAAUUGCUGAUGCAUAGAGGAGCCGACGUCGAUGUCCGAGAUGCUGAGGGAAGACCUCUUCUUUAUUUGCUGGUCCUAGAGGGCCAUUUAGACAUGGCCACCCUGCUCAUAGAAAAAGGUGGUGUCCCUCUGGAAUCAAAAGAUGUGGAAGGACGAACAGCCCUGCAUGUUGCAGCUUGGCAAGGGGACCUGGAUGGCAUUGCGAUGUUGCUCAAAUAUGGUGCAGACCCAAAUGCACAAGACCUUGAUGGUCGGCCAGCUUUGCACUCUGUGGCAUGGAGAGGUCAUGUAGAUGCCGGCAGACUGCUUCUUAGAGCCAAGGGUCUCAAUGUAGACCUAGCUUGCAAACAACAGGGUGCCACAGCACUUGGCAUUGCUGCUCAGGAGGGGCAUACUGAAAUCGUUGCUAUGCUUUUGGAAAAAGGUGCAAAAGCAGACCACGUGGACCGGUAUGGUCGCAGACCAGUAAAAGUAGCAGGAAAGCACGGCCAUUUCUUAAUUGUCAGACUGCUAGAGAGCUACGGAGCCAAGCCUUUUUCAGGCAUUAUACCAUUUUCACCCAGCGGCGCACCAAAUACUUUUUACCAUUCCUCCACGAAGAACCAGGUGUCCCAUAGCUCAGGAGAAGUGUGCAUAAAUGGAGCUCUCACCACGUGUUCUUCCUCCUCAAAUUCUGUUUCUGCCUCCUGUUCCCCAGCUUCUACAGCAGAGCGUUUCCACUCCAUGCCCGCCUCACAAACGUCCUCCUCCACCUCUCACUCUCUGGCUACAGUGCAGACUGUGCCUGCUGACACCCUAAACUUCAUCCAGCAGAUACAACAGCAUUCGCUUCCUCGUUCUCGCAGUCGGCCUUCCACCUUGCCUCUUCCUGGCUCCAACCCUGCCAGCCUCCAAGGAAGAGCUUCAAGGCAUAAGCUGAAGGCGCCAACCAGUAGCAGUCCUACACAUGAACAGUGCACCUUUAAUGAACUGCAGGACUCACAGAAACCCAUCAAAGGGCUCGGAUCUUCAGGGGAUGGGAACUACCUCUUAAAUUCUAAAACUCCUUACAUUAUAGAGGAGAGCUUCAAACACUCUGGAGGAGUAGACUUGAAGUGGAACUCGGUAAUGGCUUCAUUAGGAGUGAUGCCAAACCAGGAGGGCCAAGUCAGACAGACAAAAAAUCGAGAAAGUCCCCCUAUGGGGUAUCCACCUAUUUGCCUCCAAUCCCAUGCACAAAGAGAUGAUUGGGGAAGCUUGCAAAAGACACCCAUGGACUUUUCCCCAACUAGUGCCUUACGUGAUGAAUCUUGGUUUAACAUGACAUCUACUGAUCCACAGCUAAAUCUCAAACAGGCAAUUAAGCUUCAGUUUGAAGGGCCAACCAGUGCAGCACUUUAUAAGCGAGAAACCCCUCUCUGAGGCAAGCCUGGAUAUUCAGGAGUUCAAGGAGGUUGAGGGUGGUGAGGGUAAUCACUGCACUGUCUUGAGAGCAGAGGUGGAUGGCAGAUGAGAGCGUCGUAAGACACUGACCUCCACCCCUUUUUAACCCGAUGACCCCAACGCACAAAAGAAAGGGGGAGCACGGAGGAACUUAAGUUCAAAGGCUCAAGCUGUGUAAAUUCCAGAGCUUUUCCCCUCAUCGCAUCACAAUGGAGAGCUGCUCCCUCAUACUUUCCUUUUACAAACACAGGAAAAUGUAUUUACAUUCAGAUGGGACACUUUUGGAGAUUUUCUCAACUGGGAUUGUGCAUUUGCAAAAAGUAUGUGUAUAUGUACCCCAGGGAUGUUAGUGCAUAUAAUAACUUGGCAUUAAACACAUAGGCAUAGACGUCACAGUCACAUUCUUUUAGCAUUAUACACAAACAGCGGGGUUCGGUGUUCCACUUAGAGCCCAAGACAGAUUUUCUCAUGGGACAAUAAAACGUUUACUUUACUGUACCUUACCCUAGUCCCAGGUAAUGGAAACAAAUUGCACCUUCAUUGUAUAUUGCUGAAUAAUGCGAGCUAAUAUUUGGCAUAUUUGGGGAACAUUUUCUGUACAUUGUUCACAUAUUUGGUUUACACCAGGGUGUUAAAGUGCCCAGAGUUAGACAUUAAGUGCUUUUUCAAAAGCACACAAGGAUACCAACAAAUUUAAUGCCACUGUCACUUAGAAGUUUUGUAUGUCAGAAGAUUUUCUGAGGAAUUGGAAAAAUUUGUAAUGUUUUUGUAUUUUAAACAUGCUAAAUUUGAUCUACAGUCUGUUCUAGGACAUUAAUAUGUUACUGUUCUUUCAUCCGUUUGAGUUUAGAUUUUACUCAUUCUAGAAUAAUUGUUUUGUUCCAUUGUAAUAUUUAAAGUUAUUUGGUUGAUUGAGAUUAAAACAUGGCAGAAGCAGUAAAGGGCAGUAAGGUUUCAAACAUCAUAUGAUUGCUUACCAACAUACAAAUGGAUUCCUGGAAAACAGUGAUUUUUUGUGUCCUGGUCCAUGUGUACCUUCAGCACAAACUGUUUAUCGGAUACUCUUAUCUGAAAGACCCAGGUCAGUUCAUGAAGUUCGCUGCUAACAAUCUGGCGGGUGUGUUUAAUAUAAGAGGCUUACAUAAUGUGCAUUGCUGUGGGUCCAGGACCAGAAUUAAAAACCACUGGAAUAGAAGGAUAAAAACAUAACAGUCAUAAAAAGUGAAAAGGGAUAGCGUGAUGUGAAUUAAACACUUUGCCAUAGGUAAUUUAUAAUGUUUAUACUAUUUUGUAUGUUACAUUUUAUUGACAUGCAUUAAUUAAAAAAUGUUUUAUAAAUAUAAA